CUUGUAUUACAAGGUGGUUUUCUGUAACACCAUGCUUCAUUGAACACAAUCUAUUUAUAAUUCAUUCACCUAUGAAAAUAUUUACGCCUUUGACCGGUAGUUUAUGAUUAUCACAUUUAACUAUUUUGUAGAAUUGGAAUAUAGAAGAACUUUAGUAAAAUGGCUAACGUGGAUGCAGCCUUUCGUGUGAUUGACCCUAGGAGUAAAAAGUCAGUGUUUCAUAUAUGGAGAAUUGAGAAAAUGAAUGUGGUGUCUGUACCCAAAGAACAGUAUGGUAACUUCUAUAAAGGAGAUUCAUACAUAGUAUUAUCUAUCGCUGAGGAGGGAGACGAGAGAGGUUGUAAUGUGAAGAUGAAAGAAAUCAAAGGCGUCUUUGAUGUUCAUAUACAUUUCUGGUUAGGUUCUGACACAACUCAGGAUGAGGCUGGUGUAGCAGCCUACAAGACAGUUGAACUGGAUGAUUAUAUGGGAGGGGGACCAGUUCAACACAGAGAAGUGGAAGGACAUGAAUCUAAAUUGUUUAUGAAUUAUUUCAAACCAAAAGGAGGCAUUAAAUAUCUUGAAGGUGGCCAUGCUUCAGGAUUCAACCAUGUGGAACAUAAAUUUAGACAGAGGUUAUUACACGUUAAAGGAAAGCACCAUGUUAGAGUGACUGAGGCAGCAGGUAUGCAGUGGUCGGCCAUGAAUCAUGGUGAUGUGUUCAUUCUAGAUUUAGGUCGUGUUCUGUUUGUAUGGAAUGGAAAAGAGGCUAGUGUCACAGAAAAACGAAUGGGAUGUAUGCAUGCCAGCAGUUUACGAGACGAGAGAGCAGGUAAAAUGAAAACCAACAUAAUCAUCGUAGAAGAUGGAACUGAAGAUAAAAUGGACCCAGACGAAUUAAAAAUGUUUGCACAACAUCUUCCAUUAAAUGAGAGAAAUGAAAUUCAAUCUAAAGAAGCUGGAGGAUCAGAUGACAAAAUGGACAGGAAACAUGUUAUUAAAUUAUAUGUGUGUUCUGAAGAUGAAGGUACUCUUAAAGUAUCUGAGGUUAAAUCUGGUCCCCUGUCCAGGAAAGAUAUGAGUUCUGGGGACUCCUACAUUAUAGACAAUGGUAGCCAAGGUUUAUGGACCUGGAUUGGUAAAGAUUCAUCUAAGAAGGAAAGAUCAGAAGCAAUGAGAAAUGCAAUAGGUUUUAUAAAUAAGAAAGGGUUAGAUCCUAAUACCAGUGUAACAAGAGUUGUAGAGGGUGGAGAACCCACAGAUUUUAAAUGUUUAUUUAGAGACUGGCCACAACCUAAAGUUGAAGGAAAAGUAUAUAGUAGGAAUAGAGUUGCAAAAACAAUUCAGACAAAGUUUGAUGCUACAACACUUCAUGAAAACAGACAACUAGCAGCAGAGACACAAAUGUUUGAUGAUGGAUCAGGAAGAGCUGAGGUUUGGAGAGUAGAAAACUUUGAUUUGGUUCCACAAGAGAAACAUCACAUGGGAAAAUUCUUUGGAGGCGAUUGCUAUGUUAUCCAAUACUCAUAUCCUCAUCCAGACAACAAAAAUCAUGUCAUCUAUUAUUGGCAGGGAGCAAAAUCUACAACAGAUGAGAGAGGUACAUCAGCAUUGAAAGCUGUAGAGUUAGAUGAUGCUUUAGGUGGAGCAGCUGUACAAGUACGAGUAGUACAAGGGAAAGAACCAGUACAUUUUAUGGCUAUAUUUGACGGCAAAAUGAUAAUCUUUGAGGGAGGAAAAGCUGGUUGGGAAAAUGGAGAAAAGAGCACGAAUGGACCUGGUGACACAUACAUGUUACAGGUCCGAGGUACAAACCCCCUCAACACUAAAGCAGUACAAGUGGACUUAGAUGCAGAAUCACUAAACUCUAAUGAUGUUUUUGUUAUAUUCUCUAAGAAAGCUAUAUAUAUCUGGUCAGGAAAGGGUAGUACAGGAGAUGAGAGAGAGAUGGCCAAGAGAAUAGCAAGUGCUUCUCCCAGAAAUCCUACCAUGGUAUUUGAAGGUCAAGAGAAGGAAGACUUCUGGACAUGUUUAGGAGGAAAGAAACCAUACUCUAGUGAUAAAAGAUUACAGGAACCUGACAGUGGACAUCCUGCUAGAUUAUUUCAAUUGUCAAAUGCAGCUGGUAAAUUUACCUGUGAUGAAAUACCAGAUUUUGCGCAGCCUGAUUUAGUAGAAGAUGAUGUGAUGAUAUUAGACGUAUGGGAUAGCGUUUAUAUUUGGACUGGUAGUGGUGCAAAUCAACAAGAGAAAAAAGAAGCAGCAAGACUAGCACAGGAAUACAUAGACACAGAUCCAGCAGGCAGGGACCCAGACACACCUAUGUAUAUGGUUAAACAAGGAUUGGAACCUCCCACUUUUACUGGAUUCUUUGGAACGUGGGAUAGAGAUAUGUGGAGCAAAGGACAAUCAUACCAAGAAUUAAUGCAACAUUUAGGAGAUGGAAAUGAAGCCUUGACAUUAGUGAAAGCAUCUGAUGUCAAUGGAGAUUUUAGUUAUGAUUCUGUACCUAAAUACCCCCUAGAACAAUUAGCUGUGUCAGCAGAAGAACUUCCAAGUGGUGUGGACCCCUCAUGUAAAGAGAUCCACUUGAGUCCAGAAGACUUUGAUAGACUUUUUAAAAUGAAAUACCAAGAUUUUGUUACAAAACCACAGUGGAAGCAACAAGAAUUAAAGAAGAAAUUUGGAAUCUUUUAAAUUAUCAUGCUCACUCUAAUUUUCCAGGAACUGCUUGGGAUUAUGGGAUAUCGUUUAACUGACUGUAAUCCAGAUUGUUAUGUUUUUCAUUGGUCAUGUGACAAAUUCAACCAAUCAUGUUUCAAAUUUGUUCACUACCCAUAAUGCAGUAUCUGGAUAGCAAUAAUGUGAAAUCACUUAGUACUUAUGAAGUAUUUUCUGUAUUUGAAUGCAGAUCUUAUUUUUAUGCAACUUUUUAUUUGUUUCUAAUGUUUUAUAUAAAUACCUUACUUUAGAUAAAAUAACAGCCAUGUUAGAUAAUUUCGUAUGAAACUAUAUGAAUGCAUGGCGUACACAAUUGGUCUUUACUUGUAUGCAAGGUAAAAUUUAAAGUGCUUUAAUGGUGAUUUGUUGAUAAAUGUGUCUAUAUUUUUUGACAUUCCAAAUUUUGAUCUGUAUUGUCCUAAUAUAUUCAAGUUUUAUUAUAUACCUUAAUUUAUGAAAGAAGUACUAAUACUUAGAUAUAUGUGUUUUUUAAGGGAAAAAGGACUUUUUGUCUGCUUAAUACAUAUCUAAAUUUAUGUUUCAAAUUUGUGAUGUUUUUUUGUUAUUUUUCUAUAAGUAAGUCUUUUUAUGAAUUGUUAUUUCUGUUGAGUGUUAUAUAUAUACAACAUAUAUGCAAAUAUUUAAAACAAAAUAUCAUUUUAUUCUAUGUAUUUAAGUUUUUCUAAGCAUAUUGUUUUUAUAUAUUUUUGCUAAAAUAAUAAAAUGGAGAAAAAUAUAAUUCAAUUGCCUUGCAAACUUUUGAAGAUUUUAGUAAUAUAGUAUUUAAGAUAAAUUGAAUUUUGUUUGCAAUUAAAUAUUUUAAGAUGUGUUGAGCAAUAUAUCAAAAGAAAUAAAGCCUCCAAUUUUUAUAAAAUUACAUAUUAAGAUAAAAUCCCGAAAUUUGAUUUCAUUACCGGUAUAUCUACAACUUGACUUUUUUCUCCCAAACUAAGUAAGGAAAUUUUUUUAUGAUAAACAUAUUACAUAAUUCUCAUGCCUGCUAGUAAUUUAUGGAAAUUAGCAAUUAGAAAUUUUAAAAAUCAUGCAUUUAUAAAACAGCAAGUUUUAACAGGGUAUUUUGCUAUUAUUGGUAUUAAAUUGAAUUCAUUAGUCCUUUACAAGAAAAUAGAUCUAUAUCCCAACUUUCUCUUCAGCUGCCAUUGUACUUUGAAUACGUAUUUGGUCGCUAAGUGGUCAAUGCCCUUUACUAAUAAAGAACUAACAGGGUAUUUUUCUAUAAUUGGUUAAUAAAUCUUUAAGUGCUUUUAUACAAGAAAGUAGAAGUUUAUCCAAACUUACUCUUCAGCCUCAAUGAUACUUUGAAUUAAUAUUCGGCCUCUGAGUGGUCAAUACCCUAUAUCCUUGACCCAUGUAUAAACUGACAGCUAUAUUUAUUUGGAAUCUCAAGCAUUUCUACCGAUAAAAGAACAUUAACUUUUCAUUACAAUCAUAUCAUUAUGUGCAAUAACAGUUAUCACAUUCCAGUCGUCAAAAUCAAACAUGUUGUUUUUUUGCAUGUGUUUAAGUGUAUGUACACAUUUUAAAAUAUUAUAUAUCAAUGCUGGAGUUGGGAUCUUGAUUGUAGAUAUUUUAUAAGAAUGAAAGCAUUAACAAAUGACAUAAAUUGUCACAAAUAUGGGAUAAACUGAUAUUCUCUCACAUCAUACUGAUUUUUAAAAUCAUGGGAAAAUUGUUGUGUAGUGUGCUAGAUGGAACUAAAAGCAAAAAAACAAAAGAAUUCCCAACAGAAAUAUGGUUACUGAAGCACUAAGUCAUUUAAUUGAUAUAAAAGUGGAAUUAUUAUGAUAUGUAAUUUAGUAUUUUAUAGAAAGGGUGUUUGAUGCUAGAAAUGUGUCAUUCCAUGCUUACGCUUUAAUAAGCAUUCUUAAAAUAGCUGCACUAGUGUGGCCUAUAUCAGUUAAAAUGUUGUGAAGGUUACAUAUGAAUCUUACUUUUUUUGUGCUUUGCUUAAUUUGCUACGUAAAUAGAAUUUUCUACGAGAAAAGAACAAAGUUUAAGUGGAGUACUUUUGCACAUGCAUAUAAUGGGCUCUUUGUUUAAAAAAAUGUUAUUUUAACAAGUGUAUGCAGCUAAACAAAGCUUAGUUUUAUUAACAGAACAUUCCAGAUAUGCAUGCUCCUAAUAUAUACAUAUGCACUUAACACUUUUAACAUUCCAGUCAGGUUAUCUGAAACAUAUCUUCUAAAACGAAAUAUAACUGAAUCAGGGGAGAGCACAAAUAAGCAUAUUCAGUGUGAGCCAAGGCUCUGUGUUGAAGGCCGUACAUUGACCUAUAAUGGUUUUAUUUUUAAAUUGUUAUUUGGAUGGAGAGUUGUCUCAUUGGCACUCACACCACAUCUUCCUAUAUCUAUUAUGAUCAUCCAAAUAGAAACCGAAACAAAUUGCAUAAUAAAUUCAUUUAAGUGAAAUGAAAGUGAUUAUGUACACAUUUAUGAAGAAAUUAGUUAAAAUAAGUUUAAAGAAUGUUUAUAACCAACAGAAUCUUGUGGUGAAAAUUUUGUUUCUUUUUUUUUACUUGCUUAAUGGUUUAUCUCCCUUUAAACAAGAGGCUUACCUUGAUGUAUUAACAUUUCUUUGUAUCACACAAGCAGCAUUUUGAACACUAAUUCUGAACUAUUUUCUUCCUAGGAGCAACCAUCCUAUUCUAUUGGCAUAAUUUACACAGUUUACAAGGUUUUUUUUCUUAAAAAAGAGGCCCAACCUGGUUCUUGAUCAGACAUUUUUCUUGAAAACAAGAGGCUUACAUGGGCUGUAAACAUAUUAACACUUUUUGUUACCUAUUAUUUGCAGGGUUGUAUGUGACUGUUAUAUGAUUGAACUUAUUUACAUCUACUUUGUUUUUUUAGUAGUAUUACAAAUCUAUAUAAAUAAAAUGUUAUAUAUACAGAGCUAAA